AACUUUGGCGCUUCAACAGCACUACAAAAAAUUUGAAAGCUUUUGCCGCCUUAAAUUGGCAGGUAUCUUAGCGGCUGAACAAAACCGAAGUUUGUUCUUCGUCGAUUUCGGUUCGAUAUCACGGACAAAGAUGGAGAGCGACGACGAUUUUCAGCUACUCCCCACGGAGGAAACCUCUCCUGCGUUUCGUAAUAGAAAGCUGAAGCGCUUAAAGAAAGCAAUUACGGAUCCGGGCAAUCCUCCCCUCAACCCGUCGCAGGUGGGGGCCACUUCUUCGUCUCGGGUGGAUUUAUCAAAAUUCGAAGCCCCAGAUUUGGGUGAAUCCGAUGGCCAGGAUUUGAACGAGCCGUCACGGUCUAGGACGGGAUUGGAGGGUUUUGAUGGUGGAGAAAGGCUGGAUCCUGGUGGUUUGGGUGAUGAAGAAGAUGGCCCGGGGGCGAAGAGAGCUUUGGAGGGUACUCCGUCGCCUCUGGUCGAUUUCUCCGGAUCCGAGGCCCCGGCUUUUGAUGGAUCGAAUGAACCGGAACUGAACGAGCCUUCACGGCAUAGGGUGGGAUUGGAGGGUUUUAAUGACGAAGAUGGAUUGAAUACUGGUCGCUAUGAUGGUUUCGGUGGAGACGAAGAUGGUUCGGGGGCGAAGAGGGCCUUGGAGUUUGAUACUGUUGCUGGCGGCUUUGAUGAAAACGUUGAAUAUCGAAGCGCUGAGAUGGGAGAGGAUACUGGGGAUCUGAGUCUGGAGAAACCGAAGAAGAAACGACGCAGUACACUUGAAACUGAAGGAAAGAAAGAAAGCAAGAAGAGAAGGAAGAGCGUCGAGACUGCCACAGCCAAGAGAAUGACGCAGAAGGAAAGAAAAGAUCAUCUAAAGCAACUGCGUGCUGAGUCUCAGAGACUCUUGCGAGAAACAAGAGAUGUAUCGUUUAAACCUAUACCGCUUGUUCAAAAACCAAUAUCUUCAGUUUUGGAGAAGAUUCGUAAAAGGAAGAUGGAAGUUUCAAAAAAAUAUGCUGCUAUAAACAGAACGUCUUUUAUUACUGAGAAUGAGGAUGACUAUGCAAGGGAGGUUGUGGUGGAUUGUAUUUCAGGUGGCCCCAUUGAUGACGAGAGGGGAAAUGACGGGUUUACCAAUGUGCCAAGUGAAGAGGAAAUUGAACUUCCUGCUAACAUGAAGAGUAAUUUGGAUGUGUCAAAUAUGGAUGCAUCUAAUGAAAAUAUGGACGAAUCUGAAUCUAAUAUUCUUAAAGAUUGCUCCAGUCAUGAAAGUAGACCUUCCCAAAUGGGUGUGGAUGAUAACUCCAAUCAAGCCUUUCGAAUUCCUAUUGAUGAUACUCAGGAGUUAUUUUCUAAUUCCCUAACAAGUGACUCGAAGGAUGAGCUAUCUAGUGAGACACCCAACAGUCCCAUGGAAGUUCUGGCUCCAUCCAUACUUGCAAUGAAUUUAAAGCUUGAUUCCGCUCCUCCUGACAGUGUUUCUGAUGAAGAGGAGGAUAAUGACAAGGAGAACAUUGAUCCUCAUCCUCAUGGACUGACCGACCUAUCUUUAUCUCCACAUGGAGAUCCAGUUAAAGGUUUUAUUGAUGAUGAAGCUGAGGAAGAAGAUGACAGUGACAACGACCUGUUACAUUUCCAAGAAAUUGAAGAAGAUGAGGGAAAUGAUGAAGACUAUGAGGAACUUAAUGACAUGAUAGCAACUGAAUGUGAAGAAAAAACAAUUGAUAAUGAAAAGCGUAAUCAACUUCAUCAGACGUGGCUUGAGCAACAGGAUGCAGCUGGAACAGAAAAUCUUUUGCAGAAACUGAAGUGUGGUUCAAAAUUGAAAGAAACAUCUUUGCUUGAAGCCGAGGAAGAUGAGGAAGGUGAAGGAGAAAUGGAAGAUUUUGGUGAUGAAGCUGCGGAAGAUGUACUACCUACAAAUGUCGCUCGAAUAAAUCUAAGAAAAGUAAAGCAAAUGAUUCCUCAAAUGUUCACAGAGAAGGAUGAUGUAUACUUAUCAUCUGACGAUGAGGACAUGGAAAUGAGGCUAUCUAAGCGGUGUCUCUUUGAGAAGUCGGCAGCACAAGCUAAACUAUUGUCACCGGCAGAGGAUGAGAGCUCCAGAGAAGUUUUUGGACGUAUAAAGAAGCUGAAUAUUGUCCCCGAGACUAAGAAAAUUGAGACACCUGCCUUUUCUAAUAAGCCCCACAUUGGAGGAAAGAAUAUAUCUUCCAAGUCUUCUUUCCUUGGUCGGGCUUCAACUCAUACACUAUCCUCAUCCCAAAAGCACGGAUCAAGCACAGUUCGUUCUUUCAUCUUUGGUCGAGACGACAGCAAUAGCAGGGGUGCAAGCUCAAUCUCAGAGGAUUCUUCAGAUAUGAUUCAGACCGAAAAUCGACCAACGAGGCCUGCUUCGGCUAAGUUCAGUAACUCACAGGUUAAAACUAGUACUCAGAACACGAAAUCUGUAGCUGAAAUGAAGCCAGCUACUUCACUUUUUGAGAUAUUAAGGCGAUCUUCUUCCCUGCAAUCUGAACAUUGCACUCGGGAAAAUAUAGUGGUGCAAACCGAGACUGUGUUUGCAGCAUUCAAACUGGCAAAGAAGCCAAUGAAAACAGAAGGAAAAGCCUGAUGGGUUAUGUACAUAUUUAUAUGUUUCUUCUGCACAUCUGUUUGAUGUUGCUUGGUAUAGAUGAAUGUUAUUCUGUCAUACAAUCAUUUGUUUGGCUAAUGAGAA